CAAGGAAUGUCAGCUUUUACAGUGGACGAAUAUCUGACAGUGGAGUGAAACUGCGAAAGUUUAUCAGCAAUAUCCGUCUCCAUCCUUGUGUUUUUGGGCACUAAUGGCCCCCAAAAUACGGAGAACAUAAACUACGCGAUACACACUAUCGGUUAAUAUCGAUAUUAUAGGCUUUCGCUCUUCAGAAAAAUUAAAAAGGGAUGGUGAAAUUUGUACCGAAGGAACUGGGAGUGUGAUUUAGGGGUUGAAACCAGUAAAAGGAAGACUGGACUAUUUAAUAUAACGUAAACAAAAGGUUAAUAGCUGAACAUUUAGGUUAAGCAACGUUAAUUACUAAGGUAACGUUACCAACGAAGCAACAGAGGUAACGUUAGCUAAUAGCGAAAUGGAGCUGAGAGUGGGGAAUCGAUACAGACUGGGCAGAAAAAUUGGAAGUGGAUCUUUCGGGGACAUCUAUUUAGGCACAGAUAUUUCAGUGGGUGAGGAGGUCGCAAUAAAGUUGGAGUGUGUGAAGACCAAACACCCCCAGCUCCACAUCGAGAGCAAGAUCUACAAGAUGAUGCAAGGAGGAGGUAAAGUAGCAGCUCACAUGCUCAAAUCCUCAUCUCUCAUUUGACUCGUGUUCUCCA